AUGCACCAGUUGCAGGCACUUGUGGGAGCUGAGCUGGACGACGACCUGCUCUUAGAGCAAACUGGAGGUCUCUUGGAGGGGCGGCUGGUCCAGUGGUACCCAGGGCACAUUGCCAGGGCAGAGAGGAGGCUGAAGGAGCAGCUGGGGAUGGUGGAUGUUGUGCUGGAAGUGAGGGAUGCCAGGAUCCCCAUGUCCACCUGCCACAGCCAGCUGGCAAAAUGGUGCGGCACCAAGCCGAGGCUGCUGCUGCUGAAUCGGGUCGACAUGAUCAGCGAGAGCGACCGCUCUGCAUGGACACGCCACUUCAAGCAGCAGAAGACGCCCGUGCUCUGGACCGAUGGCGUCUCUGGGCUCGGCAGCGGGCAGGUGCGCAAGGCAGCGCUGGAUGCGAGUGUGGCGAUAAACGCAAAGCGGCGCAACAGGGGGCUGAUGCCACGGCCGGUGCGCGCUGUCAUGAUCGGCUUCCCCAACGUCGGCAAGUCUGCGCUCAUCAACCGGCUCCUGAAUAGGCGAGUCUGCCGGAGCGCCCCCAAGCCGGGAGUGACGCGCGACCUCAGGUGGAACCGGCUCGGCUCUGACCUUGACCUCCUGGACGCACCAGGAGUGAUCCCCGCCAGUUUCACGGACCAGCAGGCGGCGCAGCGGCUCGCGGUGUGCAACGACAUCGGGGAGGCGUCGUACAUCGACUCGCUCAUCGCCGCGUCCCUGCUGGAUACACUCACCGCGCUGCCGUCCGCGCGUUCCCUCCGCCGCAGGCUCGCCCAGCGCUACGACGUGGAGUUCUCCGAGGACAUGACCGCGGAGGAUUACAUAGCGGCGGUGGCUGAGGCGAAGUGUCAAGGGGAGGAUGAGCGCGCAGCUCAGCGCAUGCUCAAAGACUUCCGUGUGGGCGCUCUGGGCAGGAUCGCCCUCGAACUGCCGCCUGGAUUCUGA